AAUAAAGCAACUGUAAAGGUGCCAGAGGGAAAUAUUAGACUCCCAUGGUUUUAGCGAAAGUACAGUUAUGGGGCUGAAGGAAAAGUGCGGAAGUCGCUGGGGCGUUGUCGUCGUGGUGUUUUUGGAUUCUAGCCCGCGUUCUUGUCUGCGAGCGCUGCCGGGCUGACCUGCGCGAGAGCGUGGGGAGCUCGACUGGGAUUGCCAGCUGCCUCCGACCUUGGAAAGCGUUGCCCAGUUUCUUUCCAUAGCAUUCUCCAUGCUGCUCGCCCUCUCCGAGUUGUGGAUGGGUUCGCCUCAGGCCGGCCGGCGCAGAAGGACACAGCCGUUUUUGUGGUAGUUAAUAACGACGAGCGUUAUACAAGAAUUAGCACUUAAGGUUUGACGACUACGUUAAGAAACAUUUUUUUUGUAGUUGCGAGGUCCGGAGUGACUAAGUUACCUGCUGAAGGUCACACACACAUUUCAUGAGAUGGAGAAUAGACAGUGUAGCUUCGCUGAAAGCCAAAUAAAGUGUUUCAAGAGGGACUGUGUUGAAUAUAAUUAAUAUUCUGUGAUUAGAUGAAAAAACACCUUGAAGAUUCAAAAAACAAAUUGGGAAGUCACUUCUGUCCAUAAAUGCUCUAUUUGUAUCCACAUUUCCUUCUCCUACAACUAGAAUGCUUACUUACUGGGCAUCUAAUAAUAAGCCAUACCUUUCCCCCUGGCUUACCACGAAGAAAAUAGACCUUUUCAACUGUGUUCUAGAAGCAGGAUGAAGUUUGCAAUCAUUUGAAAUUUCUGUUCCUGUCCUCCCCUCUCCCCACCCACCAAAUAUUUGAUAAGGUGACUGGCUACUGAUAGUAUAUAUAUGCAAUGCCAGGCUACAGUAUAGUGAUAAAAGUCUUUACUUUGUGUUAGCUGGGACUAACCUAAGGAAUAAAGAAAAUAAGCCUCAGUAGUCCAGUUUAUAGAACCCCAUUUACAAAUAUGAAUUUUUAAAUGGCACUUUUCUUAUCUACAGCAUUUGCCCUCAUGCAACUUUGCAGAGUCCAGUCAAUCUUAAAUCAGCCUAUUUAAAGAAAGAUAGAAGCCCUACUAGAAAAUGUACACACCCAGAAGUGGAAUUGCUGGAUCAUAAGUGAAGUCACUGCUAGAAGACUUGAUCCUCCUGUGAGAGCGAGUGUGUACAUAAUCCUAUUUUCCAACACAUCCAAAUUUCCAGUCUUGCAGGUUUCCACAACUUGAAGAUCCUGAUUCCCUGGACCCGUUCCAAGGGAAGGCAGGUAAAAAAAUCUCAUUCACUCACCCUCCAUUCGUGAUUAAUUAGUAACGAACUGAGUAAUGAAUUAUUGUGACAGAUGAUCCUAGUCUGUUGCAGCUGAGCAUGUGCCCUCUCCAGGCAACCUCUACCCAGUCUCUCCAGCCGCAACCGCGACAGUUUCCAUGGCGACAACUUUGUUUGUACGCUACAAGCGACGGCCCAGCUCUUCCCGAGCGGUGGGAUUCCCAGAGGUUUCACACUUUGUUUUUCCUCUUCCUUUCACCAGAGAAGAAACUAAGUAACUGAACCGUUUGCCUCUCGUCUGCGCAGCUGGGAAGUGGUGAAAAGCAAUCAGAUAGGAGACCAAAAUGUCGGAUGGAAACAAAGCUGUCAUUGCAGCAGAAAAGGAAGCUCUGAACUUGAAGUUGCCUCCUAUUGUGCGCCCCCCUGAAAACAUAGGUGUUGAUACACCAGCACAAAGUAAACUGCUGAAUUACAGAAGAUAUAAGGAGCAGCAGAAGACAAUUAAUCAGUUAGUAAUUGAUGGAGCCAAAAGAAGUUUAGACAGAACACUGGAUAAAAGAACACUGCCAACACCAGAGCCAGAUUAUCCUCUAACUAUGACCAGUGGAAUUAAAAAGAAAGGAUUCAACUAUAUUUAUAUGAAGCAAUGUGUAGAAAGUAGUCCUAUGGUGCCUAUUCAGCAGGAAUGGCUGGAUCACAUGUUAAUGCUGAUACCUGAGUCUUUAAAGGAAGGGAAAGAAAGAGAAAAACUUGUUGAAAGUCUCAUAAAUGAGGUGUCAAGUGACUUUGAAAAAAGCAUGAAGAGAUAUCUGGUGAGGAGUGUUCUCGUGAAACCUCCGGUUAAAUGGCUUGAAGAUGAAGGAGGCCCUUUACCUGAAUCCCCUGUAGGACUGGAUUAUUCUAAGCCUUGGCAUUCUAGCUAUGUGCAGACAAGAAGUCAAAUAUUAGCUAAUUUGCACAUUGUUCAUCCAACUAUGAAAAUAUUACUGGACCUUGGUUAUACGACAUUUUCCAAUACGAUUUUGCUAGAUUUAACAGGAAUUAGAGCUAAAGGGCCAAUUGAUUGUGAAUCACUAAAAAAUGAUCUGUCAAUACAAGCUAGAAAGGCAGAAGAGAAGAUAAUGAACACAUGGUAUCCAAAGGUCAUAAAUCUUUUCACAAAGAAGGAGGCUCUAGAAGGCAUCAGACCUGAAAAAUGGGAUGCAUUUUAUAACUGUGUUUCUACACUUAUGUCAAAUCAGCUGAAGGAUUUCUUAAAGAGAACUGUAGAAGGAUUUGUGAAGCUCUUUGACCAAGAAGAUCAAUGUGGGCUGCCAAUAUUUAAGAUGGAACUGACAUUUGAUGAUGAUAAAAUGGAAUUUUAUCCUACCUUUCAAGAUUUGGAAGAUGUUGUUUUGGGUUUGGUAGAGCGAAUAACUGAAGCUCUGCAGAAUGUCCAAACAGUUCCCUCUUGGCUCUCAGGAACUUCACCAGCUGUAAAUCUGGACACAGAACUUCCUGAACAUGUGUCACAAUGGGCUGUUACUACACUGAAGGCAGCAGUACAUCAUAACUUAGAAGGUGCAAGAAAACAUUAUGAGACAUAUGUUGAAAAAUAUAAUUGGCUUCUUGAUGGGUCUGCGGUUGAGCUGAUAGAGACUUUCCAAGCAGAAGAUCAUACUUUUGAUGAAUACACAGAAUUUAUAGGAAGAUUUCUCAGUCUCGCCUCAGAAAUAAUGCUUUUGCCUCAGUGGGUUCAUUUCCCUAUGGUGCGUUUGGAUUGUGAAGAUUUGAAGACGGGUCUAACAAACAAAGCAAAAGCCUUUGCAAACAUAUUAUUAAAUGACAUAGCUUCAAAACAUAGAAAAGAAAAUGAAAGUAUCUGCAGUGAUUUUGAAGCAAUUAAAGAACACGCAUUAAAAGUCCCUGAGACAACAGAAGAGAUGAUGGAUCUGAUAUCUUAUGUAGAAAAAGCCCGGACUAUAGGGAUUCAAGAGUUGAUUUUACGGAUCAAGGAAUCCAAACGCCGAAUGAGUUACUUUUUAGAUGUUUUCCUAUUUCCUCCAGAAGACUUAGCUUUAAAUUCAACUGUCCUUAUGUGGCCUUGGAAAAUUAAUCCCAUCUUUGAUGAAAAUGAUGAGCUUAUUGAGAAUGCAAAACAUGAAAAAGAAAAUGAGCUGAUAGCCAAGAGAGAGAAACUGAUUUUGGAAAUAGAAAAGGAAUCACGCCGCAUGGAAGAGUUUACAGAAUUUGCAGAACUGGACCGCAUGCAACAGUAUGUGACAGAUGUAAGGCAACUACAGAAACGUAUUCAGGAGUCUGAAGAAGCAGUUCAGUUUAUUAAUAAGGAAGAGGAACUUUUCAAAUGGGAACUGACAAAAUAUCCUGAACUGGAUAAAUUAAAAGUGAACAUUGAGCCCUAUCAGAAGUUUUUUAAUUUUGUUCUCAAGUGGCAGCGAACAGAAAAACGGUGGAUGGAUGGAGGCUUUUUGGACCUCAAUGGAGAAAACAUGGAAGCUGAUGUAGAUGAAUUUUCCCGAGAAGUUUUUAAGACACUGAAAUUUUUCCAAAUGAAGCAUAAGAAAGAAUUGCAAGAAAAAAGAAAGGCAGCAAAAAAGCGGUCUCUGGGAGAGGACAAACUGGAAGAAGAACCGAAAGAGAAUCCUACUAUUAUUAUGUGCUCCACAGUAAUGGAGCAGAUUAAAGUUUUUAAGGACUGUAUCCCUACUGUCUCCAUCUUGUGCAAUCCAGGAAUGAGAGCUCGUCACUGGAAGCAGAUAUCAGAAAUUGUAGGCUAUGACUUGACUCCAGACUCUGGAACUACACUGAGAAAAAUUUUAAAAUUAAACCUUACACCAUACUUGGAAAAAUUUGAAGUGAUAAGUGCAGGUGCAAGCAAGGAAUUUUCACUAGAGAAAGCCAUGCAUACAAUGAUAGGAACCUGGGCUGAUAUUGCUUUUCAUAUAACUCCAUAUCGUGAUACUGGAGUCUCUAUUCUUUCUUCAGUAGAUGAGAUUCAGACUCUCCUUGAUGAUCAAAUUAUAAAAACUCAGACAAUGAGAGGCUCACCUUUCAUCAAACCAUUUGAAAAAGAGAUCAAGGCCUGGGAAGACCGUUUGAUUCGAAUACAAGAAACGAUUGAUGAAUGGUUAAAAGUACAAGCUCAGUGGCUGUACUUGGAGCCCAUUUUUUGUUCUGAGGAUAUCAUGCAACAGAUGCCAGAAGAAGGGCGUCAGUUUCAGACAGUAGACAGACAUUGGAGAGAUAUCAUGAAGUUUUGUAAAAAAGAUCCCAAGGUCCUUGCUGCUACUUCUUUAACAGGUUUAUUGGAAAAAUUGCAGAACUGCAAUGAACUUUUGGAGAAAAUUAUGAAAGGGCUCAAUGCAUAUCUUGAAAAAAAACGGCUUUUCUUCCCUCGUUUUUUCUUCUUAUCUAAUGAUGAAAUGUUAGAGAUUUUGUCAGAGACCAAAGACCCACUAAGAGUUCAGCCUCAUUUAAAAAAAUGCUUUGAGGGCAUUGCUAAACUGGAAUUCCUUCCCAAUUUGGACAUUAAGGCCAUGUAUAGCUCUGAAGGGGAGCGAGUGGAACUGAUUGCACUUAUUUCCACGUCUGCAGCGCGAGGUGCUGUGGAAAAGUGGCUCAUUCAAGUGGAAGAUUUAAUGCUCCGGAGUAUUCACGAUGUGAUCGCUGCAGCCAGGCUGGCAUUAAAGAAGUACUAUCAGGAACUCCAGAAUCAACUGAAUGAUAUUGUAGCACUGGUAAGGGGAAAACUGUCGAAGCAGACCAGGACUACUCUGGGGGCUUUGGUUACAAUUGAUGUCCAUGCUAGAGACGUGGUCAUGGACAUGAUUGAUAUGGGUGUCUCACAUGAUACAGAUUUUCAGUGGCUUGCUCAGCUUCGAUAUUAUUGGGAAUAUGACAAUGCUCGAGUUCGUAUCAUUAAUUGCAAUGUAAAAUAUGCUUAUGAAUAUCUUGGUAAUUCACCUCGACUUGUCAUUACUCCUCUAACUGACAGGUGUUACAGAACAUUGAUAGGUGCCUUCUAUUUAAACCUUGGAGGAGCUCCAGAGGGGCCAGCAGGCACAGGAAAAACUGAAACUACCAAGGACUUGGCUAAAGCUCUUGCUGUCCAAUGUGUGGUGUUCAACUGUUCAGAUGGGCUAGAUUAUCUAGCCAUGGGAAAGUUUUUUAAAGGAUUGGCUUCUUCUGGUGCUUGGGCUUGCUUUGAUGAAUUUAAUCGAAUUGAGUUGGAAGUGUUGUCAGUGGUAGCUCAACAGAUCCUUUGCAUUCAGAGAGCCAUUCAACAGAAACUGGAUGUGUUUAUUUUUGAAGGGACAGAACUUAAGCUCAAUCCAAACUGUUUUGUAGCUAUCACGAUGAAUCCUGGCUAUGCAGGACGUUCUGAAUUGCCAGACAAUCUUAAGGUUCUUUUUAGAACAGUGGCUAUGAUGGUUCCAAACUAUGCCCUCAUAGCAGAAAUCUCCCUCUACUCCUAUGGAUUUUUGAAUGCAAAACCUCUGUCCGUGAAGAUCGUGAUGACCUACAGGCUUUGCUCAGAGCAGCUCUCCUCACAGUUUCAUUACGACUAUGGAAUGCGAGCAGUAAAAGCGGUUUUAGUGGCUGCUGGAAACCUUAAACUAAAAUUUCCAAAUGAAAAUGAAGAUAUACUUCUUCUUCGAUCAAUUAAGGAUGUAAAUGAACCGAAGUUUCUAUCACAUGAUGUCCCCUUAUUUAAUGGAAUAACUAGUGAUCUGUUUCCUGGUAUUAAACUUCCUGAAGCUGACUAUCAUGAAUUUUUGGAAUGUGCUCAUGAAGCCUGCAAAGUACAUAAUCUUCAGCCAGUUAAAUUUUUUCUUGAAAAAAUGAUUCAGACAUAUGAAAUGAUGAUUGUUAGACAUGGUUUUAUGUUGGUAGGAGAGCCUUUUGCUGCUAAGACAAAAGUUCUGCAUAUGCUGGCUGAUACUCUAACUCUUAUGAAUGAACGUGGCUAUGGAGAGGAAGAAAAGGUUAUUUAUAGGACUGUAAACCCCAAAUCCAUUACUAUGGGUCAACUUUUUGGACAGUUUGACCCAGUGUCUCAUGAGUGGACUGAUGGUAUUGUGGCCAACACUUUUAGAGAAUUUGCCUUAUCAGAAACACCUGACCGGAAAUGGGUUGUAUUCGAUGGUCCCAUUGACACUUUGUGGAUAGAGAGCAUGAACACAGUAUUGGAUGAUAAUAAAAAGCUUUGCCUUAUGAGUGGAGAAAUCAUUCAGAUGUCCCCUCAAAUGAGCCUCAUCUUUGAAGCAAUGGACCUUUCCCAGGCCUCACCUGCCACUGUAAGCCGCUGUGGCAUGAUUUAUUUGGAACCCUCACAGUUAGGAUGGGAACCAAUUGUAUCCUCGUGGUUGAAUUCCCUGAAAGGACCUCUACAAGAACCAGAUCAUCAAGCUCUUCUGAGAGGACUCUUUGACUGGUUAAUAAAGCCGUCUUUAAAACUUCGUAAGAAAAAAUGCAAGGAACUGAUUCCUACAAGUGAUAGCAAUGUGGUUGUAUCUCUUACACGCCUCUUUGAAGUACUACUCUGUGACGUGCUGGAAAAUGAUCCUACAAGCAAACAUAUUCGUGUUUGGAUUAUGGCUUCCUUCGUAUUUUCUUUGAUUUGGUCCAUUGGAGGGAGUUGUGAUACAGAGGGUCGGAUUGUUUUUGACACCUUCCUACGGUUAAUCAUAAUGGGAAGAGACGUAAACAAUCCAGUGCCAGACUCUGUGGGUAAAUGGGAAUGCCACUUUGAUGAAAAAGGCCUGGUCUAUGACUACAUGUAUGAGUUGAAAAACCGAGGUCGCUGGGUCCACUGGAAUGAAUUAAUUAAAAGUGCUUAUCUAGGAGAAAAACAUGUCAAGAUUCAAGAUAUAAUAGUCCCUACAAUGGACACAAUUAGAUAUACAUUUCUAAUGGAUUUGAGUAUUACCUAUGCAAAGCCAUUGCUUUUUGUGGGUCCAACCGGUACAGGAAAAUCAGUGUAUGUGAAGGAUAAACUAAUGAAUCACUUGGAAAAGGACCAGUAUUUCCCUUUUUAUAUUAAUUUCUCUGCACGGACCAGUGCCAACCAGGUUCAGAAUAUUAUUAUGGCUAGAUUGGAUAAAAGACGCAAAGGAGUUUUUGGACCACCUAUGGGAAAGAAGUGUGUAAUUUUUAUAGAUGACAUGAAUAUGCCUGCAUUGGAGAAAUACGGAGCUCAACCUCCUAUUGAAUUAUUACGACAAUUUUUUGACUGUGGGAACUGGUAUGACCUUAAGGAUACAAGUAAAAUCACAUUGGUUGACAUAGAGCUGAUGGCUGCCAUGGGCCCUCCAGGUGGUGGAAGAAAUCCAGUCACUCCUCGUUUUAUUCGACAUUUCAACAUCUGCUCUAUUAAUACUUUCAGUGACGAAACUAUGGUCCGAAUCUUCUCCUCAAUUGUAGCAUUCUACCUUAGGACUCAUGAGUUUCCUCCAGAGUACUUUUUAAUUGGGAACCAACUUGUCAGUGGGACAAUGGAGGUAUAUAAACGAUCCAUGGAAAAUCUUUUGCCCACUCCCACAAAAUCCCAUUACACUUUCAACUUGCGGGAUUUUUCACGUGUCAUCCGGGGCUGCUUACUCAUUGAAAAAGAUGCUGUGGAGAGCAAACACACCAUGACCCGCUUGUUUGUUCAUGAAGUUCUCCGGGUGUUUUAUGACCGCCUCGUUAAUAACGAGGAUCGAUACUGGCUGUUCAAUUUAAUCAAAGCUGUUAUAAAGGACCAUUUUAAAGAAUCAUUUGAUGGUGUCUUUUCACAUUUGAGGAGAGAUAAUGCACCCAUAUCUGAAGGAGACUUGAGAAAUCUCAUGUUUGGUGAUUAUAUGAAUCCUGAUCUUGAAGGAGACGACAGACUUUAUGUUGAAAUUCCAAAUAUUCAUCAUUUUAGUGACAUUGUGGAACAAUGCCUAGAUGAGUAUAAUCAAACUCACAAGACAAGAAUGAAUCUUGUCAUUUUUAGGUAUGUAUUGGAACAUUUAUCACGAAUAUGUCGAAUUCUAAAGCAGUCAGGUGGAAAUGCCUUGCUUGUUGGACUUGGAGGCAGUGGUCGUCAAUCUUUAACCCGUCUGGCUACAUCCAUGGCAAAAAUGCAGAUUUUCCAACCAGAAAUUUCUAAAAGCUAUGGUAUGAAUGAGUGGAGAGAGGAUUUGAAGGUUCUAUUAAGGGACGUGGGCAUGAAGGGCCAGAAGACAGUCUUUCUAAUCACGGACACUCAGAUUAAAGAGGAAGCUUUUCUAGAGGAUAUUGACAGUGUGCUCAAUACUGGAGAAGUACCUAACAUUUUUGCUGCAGAUGAAAAACAGGAAGUGAUGGAGGGUGUUCGUCCUGUAGCUCAGGCUGGCAGUAAACACUAUGAACUCAGUCCCUUGGCCCUGUUUGCAUUCUUUGUGAAUCGCUGCAAAGAUAAUCUUCAUGUUGUAGUGGCCUUUAGCCCCAUUGGAGAUGCUUUUCGGAAUCGCUUGAGACAGUUCCCAUCCCUCAUCAAUUGCUGUACCAUUGACUGGUUUCAGCCAUGGCCUGAAGAUGCCCUUGAACUUGUAGCUAUGAAAUUCUUAGAAACACUGGAGCUUACUGAGGUUGAAAGACGAGAGAUAGUUCCAAUCUGCAAACACUUUCACACUACCAUUAUGGAUCUUUCAGAAAGGUUCUUGCAGCAGUUAGGACGGCAUAACUAUGUUACUGCUACUUCUUACCUCGAACUUAUUGCCUCAUUUCGACAGCUUUUGACUAAGAGGCGACAAGCUGUCAUGGAAGCAAAACAGAGAUAUGUGAAUGGGCUUGACAAAUUAGCUUUUGCCGAGUCUCAGGUUGGAGAAAUGAAAAUGGAGCUUGUUCAAUUACAGCCCAAAUUGGAAGAAGCUAAAAUUGAAAAUGCACAUAUGAUGCAGAUUAUCGAGAUAGAGUCUGCACAAGUGGAAGCAAAAAGAAAGUUUGUGAAAUUAGAUGAAGAGAUAGCCAGUGGCAAGGCUGAGGAAGCCCAAGCUCUGAAAAACGAGUGUGAGAGUGACCUGGCUGAGGCAAUUCCAGCCUUGGAAGCAGCCCUGUCUGCCCUGGAUACACUCAAGCCAGCUGACAUUACAAUUGUGAAAUCAAUGAAGAAUCCUCCGUCUGGUGUUAAAUUAGUUAUGGCUGCUAUCUGUGUCAUGAAAGAUAUAAAACCAGAAAAAAUUUCAGAUCCUUCAGGAACUGGAGGCAAGAUAUUAGAUUACUGGGGACCUAGCAAAAAGCUUCUGGGAGAUAUGAAUUUCUUAAGAGAGUUGAGAGAAUAUGACAAGGACAACAUUCCAGUGACUGUUAUGCAGAAGAUACGUGGCGAGUACCUAACAAACCCUGAAUUUGACCCUUCUAAGAUUGCGAAAGCUUCUUCUGCUGCUGAGGGUCUGUGUAAGUGGAUCAUGGCUAUGGAAGUGUAUGACAGAGUUGCAAAGGUAGUAGCUCCUAAGAAAGCCCGCUUAGCAGAAGCUCAGAAGUCCCUAGCUGAGACCAUGGAGCUUUUGAAUCAGAAGAGAGCAGAACUGGCAGAAGUAGAACAUCAUGUGGAAAAUUUACAAAGAACAUUUAUCGAGAAAACUGAGGAAAAGGCUCGUUUAGAAGAUCAGGUGGAACUCUGCGCUAAGAAACUAGAAAGAGCCUCAAAACUAAUUGGAGGACUGGGUGGAGAAAAAUCAAGAUGGUCUCAAGCUGCAGAUGACCUUCAGGUGAUAUAUGAAAAUUUGACUGGUGAUGUCUUAGUAUCAGCAGGAGUAAUAGCCUAUCUUGGUGCUUUCACUUCUGGCUUUCGACAAACAUGUACAGAAGAUUGGAGUAUGUUGUGCAAGAAGAAAAGAAUUCCAUGUUCAGAGGAGUUCUCAUUGAGUAAGACUCUGGGUGAUCCAGUAAAAAUUAGAGCCUGGAACAUAGCUGGACUGCCAACAGAUACUUUCUCAAUAGAUAAUGGAGUGAUUGUUAAUAACUCCAGGCGUUGGCCCUUAAUGAUUGACCCUCAGGGUCAAGCCAAUAAGUGGAUCAAAAACUCGGAAAAAGAAAAUCAGCUUAGCAUUAUUAAGUUAUCUGAUUCGGACUAUAUGAGAACACUGGAAAAUUGUAUUCAGUUUGGAACUCCACUUCUAUUAGAAAAUGUUGGUGAAGAACUGGACCCAUCUUUGGAGCCUUUACUACUUAGACAAACUUUUAAGCAAGGUGGCAUUGACUGCAUCAGACUUGGUGAGGUCAUUAUUGAGUAUUCCUUUGAUUUCAAGUUUUAUAUCACCACAAAACUGAGAAAUCCACACUUUAUGCCAGAACUGGCUACAAAGGUGUCUUUGCUCAAUUUCAUGAUAACUCCGGAAGGACUUGAAGAUCAGUUACUAGGUAUUGUUGUUGCAAAGGAGAGACCAGAAUUAGAAGAGGAACGAAAUGCCCUUAUUCUUCAGUCUGCAGCUAAUAAGAAACAGCUAAAAGAUAUAGAGAAGAAAAUUCUAGAAACAUUAUCAUCUUCAGAAGGCAACAUUUUAGAAGACGAAAGUGCAAUUAAAGUCUUAGACUCUGCUAAAAUGAUGUCCAAUGAGAUAACAAAGAAACAGCAGAUUGCAGAGAAAACAGAACUCAAAAUAGCAGAGUCUCGAGAAGGCUACAGACCCAUUGCUAAACAUUCAUCAGUAUUAUUCUUCAGCAUUGCAGACCUGGCUAACAUCGAUCCCAUGUACCAGUACUCUCUCACCUGGUUUGUGAACCUUUACAUCAACUCCAUUCAUGACAGUAACAAAUCCAAAAUUUUGGAAAAGCGCCUACGAUAUUUAAAUGACCACUUCACAUACAACUUAUAUUGUAAUAUAUGCCGGUCACUAUUUGAGAAGGACAAGCUUCUGUUUUCCUUUUUAUUAUGUGCCAAUCUUCUUCUGGCAAAGAAAGAGAUUGAGUACCAGGAACUGAUGUUUCUUUUAACUGGAGGAGUAAGUCUUAAGAGUACUGAGAAAAAUCCUGACCCAACUUGGCUAUCAGAUAAAAGCUGGGAGGAAAUUUGCCGGGCAAGUGAAUUUCCUGCCUUCAAAGAACUCAGGGAACAUUUUUGCAAACAUAUAACUGAAUGGCGGGAAAUCUAUGACAGUAAAGAGCCACAUAAUGCUAAAUUUCCAGCACCAAUGGAUGAAAGACUGAAUGAACUACAGAAGAUAAUAAUUCUUCGGUGCCUAAGACCUGAUAAGAUAACUCCAGCUAUAACAAAUUAUGUAACUGAUAAACUGGGGAAAAAGUUUGUGGAGCCUCCACCAUUUGAUUUGACAAAGAGUUACUUGGACUCAAACUGUACCAUUCCUUUAAUUUUUGUGCUCUCUCCAGGAGCAGAUCCCAUGGCCAGCCUGCUGAAAUUUGCAAAUGAUAAAGCGAUGUCUGGAAAUAAAUUUCAUGCUAUUUCACUGGGACAAGGACAAGGACCAGUUGCAACAAAAAUGAUUAAAGCAGCAAUAGAAGAAGGAACUUGGGUGUGCCUACAGAAUUGUCACCUCGCUGUCUCCUGGAUGCCCGUAUUGGAAAAAAUAUGUGAAGAUUUUACUCCUGAAGUCUGUAAUCCAUCCUUUAGGCUUUGGCUCACAAGUUAUCCUUCUCCAAAAUUCCCAGUAACCAUCCUACAGAAUGGAGUAAAAAUGACUAAUGAGCCUCCCACAGGUCUUCGGCUAAAUCUCCUCCAAUCAUAUCUCACUGAUCCCGUUUCUGAUUCUCAGUUUUUCAGUGGAUGCCAGGGAAAGGAACUGGCAUGGGAGAAGUUGCUGUUUGGAGUUUGUUUUUUUCAUGCCCUUGUGCAAGAGAGGAAGAAAUUUGGUCCCCUUGGUUGGAAUAUUCCAUAUGGAUUUAAUGAAUCUGACUUACGCAUCAGUAUUCAACAACUACAGUUAUUUAUAAAUGAGUACAACACAAUUCCAUUUGAAGCCAUCUCCUACCUGACUGGGGAAUGUAACUAUGGAGGAAGAGUGACAGAUGAUUGGGACAGACGUCUCCUCUUAACCAUGCUGGCUGACUUUUAUAAUCCACAAAUAAUUGAAAACCCUCAUUACAAGUUUUCUCCCAGUGGAAACUAUUUUGCACCUCCCAAAGGCUCCUACGAUGAGUACAUUGAAUUCAUUAAGAAACUUCCAUUUACUCAACACCCUGAGAUAUUUGGAUUACAUGAAAAUGUUGAUAUCUCCAAAGAUCUGCAUCAAACCAAAGUCCUCUUUGAGUCCUUGCUUCUCACCCAGGGAGGCUCCAAACAGACCAGGUCCUCAGGAAGUACUGACCAGAUUCUAUUAGAAAUUACUGAAGAUAUUCUCAACAAGCUACCGAAUGAUUUCAACAUUGAAACAGCACUAUUGAAGUAUCCUGUGAGCUAUGAAGAGAGCAUGAAUACUGUGUUAGUACAAGAAAUGGAAAGAUUUAACAAUUUAAUUAGAACUAUACGCAAUACUCUACGGGACCUUAAAAAAGCUAUUAAGGGUUUGGUCGUAAUGGAUUCUGCACUGGAGGCACUCUCUGGCAGUUUGCUUGUUGGAAAGGUUCCAGAAAUAUGGGCUGCACGAUCAUAUCCAAGUCUUAAACCCCUAGGAAGUUACAUCACAGAUUUUCUAGCCCGGUUGAACUUUUUACAGGACUGGUAUACUUCAGGAAAACCUUGUGUGUUUUGGCUCUCAGGAUUCUUUUUCACCCAAGCCUUUCUCACUGGAGCGAUGCAGAAUUAUGCCAGAAAAUAUACCAUCCCUAUUGACUUACUAGGAUAUGAAUUUGAGGUUAUUCCUUCAGAUACAUCUGAGACGGCGCCAGAGGACGGCGUUUACAUCCACGGGUUAUAUCUUGAUGGAGCACGCUGGUCCCGAACAAGUGGAUUGCUUGCCGAGCAACAUCCCAAACUUCUCUUUGACCUGAUGCCCAUCAUAUGGAUAAAACCAACUAAAAAGACUGAGAUUGUGAAGUCGAAUGCCUACACCUGUCCCCUUUACAAGACAAGUGAACGUAAAGGAACUCUCUCCACAACAGGACAUUCUACCAAUUUUGUUAUUGCAAUGUUGUUAAAGACAGACCAACCGACUCAACACUGGAUCAAGCGUGGGGUUGCCUUGCUUUGUCAACUGGAUGACUAAAUUGGACAAACUUAAGAAAACAUCUGAAAGAAGUAAAAAAGAAAAUCUAUGUCAUCUUCACUUCAAAAUACAUAUGUUAUGAAAUCAA